AUGAAGUCCUCAGAUAAGGAUAACAAGUCAGUAGUAGCGGAGGUUGCGGAGGUGGCGGGUGAAGCUUUGCCAUCAUUGACAGUCAAGACCUCGUCUCGGCCUCUGUUUCCGUAUCUCACGCGCCCUACCUUCUCUCCUUCUCACCCACCCACCCCUCCUCACCUUCCUUUGUUCUUGCGCGAUCGAUAUGGUCUAUUUGAUCCCCGACCACCUUUGAUUCCAUACAGAGAGAACCUCGUACUUCCCACUGCGCCCGUCAUGCCAGGAAGCUCGAUCAAGCGCUCGCUCGGCGUUGAGCUCACACGCACCAUUCAAGAGUCUCGCGUGUUGCUGGUUGGUGCCGGCGGCAUUGGAUGCGAACUUCUCAAAAAUCUCGUAUUGACAGGCUUCGGUGAAAUCCAUAUUAUCGACCUUGACACAAUUGAUUUAAGCAACCUCAACCGCCAAUUCCUUUUCCGACAUGAACACAUCAAGAAACCCAAGGCCCUGGUUGCGAAGGAGGUGGCGCAAAGGUUUCAGCCAAAGGCAAAGCUAGAGGCCUACCAUGCCAAUGUCAUGGACAAGCGGUUCAACAUUGAAUGGUUCAAAUCAUUUAACCUGGUCUUUAAUGCGCUUGACAAUCUUGCCGCGCGGCGCCAUGUAAAUCACAUGUGCCUUGCUGCAACCGUCCCAUUGAUUGAGAGUGGCACCACAGGCUUUAAUGGCCAGGUGCAGGUUAUUGAGAAGGGGACAACUGAGUGCUAUGAUUGCAAUCCCAAAGAGACUCCCAAAGCGCAUCCUAUUUGCACAAUUCGGAGUUCACCCACCCAGCCAAUCCACUGUAUUGUAUGGGGGAAAAGCUACCUAUUGCCUGAGCUAUUUGGUGAAAGCGAAGACAGCGCAGAUACCCUUGACAAUUCAACAACUGCUGACAAUGCCGAAGAAAUCGCAAAAUUGAAGCAGCAAGCGCAGCAGCUCCAAGAAAUUCGUGAUUCCAUGGGCUCGGAAGAGUUUCCACAGAAGAUUUUUGACAAGGUAUUCAGGAUAGACAUUGAAGAGCUGCGUGCAAUGGACGGAAUGUGGAAAGAGCGCAAAGCUCCAGAGGUCCUUGAAUGGGAUGACCUUCAGGAGAAGUCCAAGUCUGUAGAACCUACAGUCGCCGAAAUCGACCAGAGGGAGUGGACGACACCGGAAGCCUUUUUCGUGUUUAAAGACAGUUUGGACCGAUUGAGCAAACGCCUUAAAGAGCUCCAGAAAAAAGCAACGCCCGAAGAUCCUACUCCAAUUAUAGAGUUUGACAAAGAUGACAAUGAUACGUUGGAUUUCGUGACCGCAACGGCCAUUUUGCGUGCCGCGGUAUUUGGUAUUGAACCCAAAUCCAAAUUUGAUACUAAGCAAAUGGCCGGCAAUAUCAUUCCUGCCAUUGCCACCACAAAUGCCAUGACCGCUGGACUGUGCGUACUCCAGGCGUUCAAAGUACUCCAGGGCGAGCUGGCAAAUUCAAAGAUGGUUUUUCUCGAGAGAUCUGGAGCCCGAGCUAUUAACUCUGACUCACUGAACCCCCCGAGACCCGAUUGCGGUGUUUGUUCAGCAGUGCACGCACAGGUCAUCGUCGAUCCUAAACAAGCUACUCUCAACGACAUUAUUGAGCAAAUACUUCGAUCAGAGUUGGGUUACGGGGAGGAGCUCUGUAUUCUCAAAGACUCAAAUCUCAUAUACGAUCCCGAUCUUGAAGAGAACCUUCCCAAGAAACUCUCAGAGCUUGGAAUCACAAGUGACUCUUGGAUUACUGUCGUUGAUGAAGAUGAUCAAGACCAAGAUCCUCGGGUUAACCUUGAACUAUUCAUGAUUGAAAGAACUGAGCCGGCUGUGGAAGAAACCAAGCUCGCUGUGCUGAAACAGGCCGUGGAGAUUCCCCGUAAACCAAAGCCAAAAACAAAUCCCGUUUCCGAAGACACCGUAGUGGCAAAUGGUGCCACUGGCAAGCGAAAGCGAGAAGGUGAAGAUGAUGAUAUGACGAAUGGGCACAUCGCCAAAAAGGUUGCGGGUGAGUCAACGUCCAAUGGGGAAAACAACGAGCCCAUCAUUAUUGAAGACGAAGGUGCCAUCUUGAUCGACUAG